GAGCAUGUGAGAAAACACAGGGCGCGCGCACGCACGCCUCACUCCUCUGCACAUGCGCAGUCUAUGCCUGCCCGCAGCAGCUCGGUCCGUGGCGGCUGCUGCUGUUUCUGUCCGCUGCACCGAAGAUCUCCUUGUUUUUCCUAUCCGGUUCUCGACCGUCGCUGUCGAUGCACGUGAAUCCGCCCUCCGGGGCCGCGCUGCUCGGUCCGUACGGGUGCUGAAGGCUCGUCUGAUCUCAGCACCGAGCGAUAUGCGCUCGGAUGAGGCCUACACGCUGAAGCUGUCCUGCUCCUCUUCCUCCUCAUCCACCUCCUCCUGCUCCUCCUCACCGUGAUGGCUGAUGAUCAGAAACAGCAGCCCGGUGCUCUCGGGUCCCUGCAGACCCCCGAGGCCACGGCGCUGCAGUACAACAAGAUCAAAAACUCAAUUUGCAAAUCUGUACAAUCAAAAGUGGAAAGUAUAUUGCAAGAUAUUGAGAAGUUUACAGACAUUGAGAAACUCUACCUCUACCUCCAGUUGCCUUCUGGUCCCAGCAGUGUCCAUGAGAAGAGAACUGAAACUCAGAGAGGUUCUGCGAGUCCGGCAUUAUGUGACCAGAAUUCAAUGUCGUCCAGUCGGACUCAACAGAUGUACGCUUUCAAUUGGAUUCGGAAUCAUUUGGAAGAGCACCCGGAAACCUCGCUGCCAAAACAAGAGGUGUAUGAUGAAUACAAGAGUUACUGCGACAAUCUGGGCUACCAUCCAUUAAGCGCUGCCGAUUUUGGAAAGAUCAUGAAAAAUGUUUUUCCUAACAUGAAGGCACGGCGUUUGGGCAUGAGGGGGAAAUCAAAGUACUGCUACAGUGGUCUGAGGAAGAAAGCACUCGUUCACAUGCCGUCACUCCCUAACCUGGAUUUACACAAAGCAGGUGAUGGGUGUGAGUUGUUGGAGUCGACGGGUCAGUCUCCCAACGCUGAGGAUGAGAUGCGUUUAGCCGCCUGUGGUCUGGUGUGUGAAUGGGCUCAGAAGGUUUUGAGUCGUCAGUUUGACAGUGUGGAGGAACUGGCCCGAUUUCUACUCAACAGUCACUACAUUGGCACCAAGUCCAUGGCGGCUCUUACUGUUAUGACUGGAACCCCAACAGGUAUGAAAACCCCUACGCCAGCCUCUGCGUUUGUGCCAACUGGUGAAGCGAAUGCAUUCCAGCCCCAGGUGAAGACCCUUCCUUCACCUUCUGUAGAUGCCAAACAGCAGCUACAGCGCAAGAUCCAGAAGAAACAGCAAGAACAGAAGCUCACCUCACCUCUGCCCACUGAUGCCCAGGCUAGGAGAGCGGAGGCGGGCACGCCAGGCCCAGGGUGCAGUCUCACAUCUGGAAGUCCAGCAUUGCUGUCCCCUCAGCCCACCAUAGGCAUUGUAGUAACUGCAGUACCAAGUCCCAUCACGGUUCAAAGAAGCAGACAACUAAUGACUUCUCCAAGUCCUGUUGGGGCAGCGGAGGGAAAAGUUGUACCUGUUAACUUCCAGGUUGUGACACAGCCUGUUAAGCAGUCUCCAAAAGCCCCCCAAAAUGUCCCUGUCAGCCCAGUCGGGGACAGGCUUGCCAGACACAGAUAUGCCCAGAUAUUACCCAAACCCUCAGCCACCAGCGCCAUUUCCCUACGCUCGCCCCCAACACUCCUCAUCACCAAUAGUCCAAUCAAGACGGUGAUGCCCACAUCUCAUGUUAGUUCUGUAAAUGUGGUCAAGAUGACCGCAAUAUCACUAGCACCCAACAGUAGCGGCAGCAGUAGUAAUACUCCGACCCCACUGCGACCUGCCUCCGCUGGCAUCAGUAGCACAGUGUCCCAGGAAGAAGCUAACCAGACCCAGCAAGCUCAGAAUGGUGCUUCUGCCAUGCCACCUCAGGUUACUGGGGUCGGGAAAGCUGGACGUCCUUCCGUGACCCCAACACCAUCAGUAUCCAGCACCAGUGAGGUCAGAUUGACAUUGGAAGCUGUGAAUGACCGUAGCUCUGCUGUUGACAAACAAAGCACUGCAUCUGGGGCGAGUACAGGACAAAAGAAUGAACGAGCCACUAAAUUCAGGGCUUCCAGUGAACCGUCUCUCCUUAUUAAGGCGUCCCCUGUGCCUGAAAGAGUGACAAACCGUGCAAAGAGUGACUCUGCAACCCCUUCGAGUACAAUCAUGGGGGCUGUUGCCCCAAGCAGCAAUAACAACAAUGACCAGGAAAGCACCUUGUAUUUAACUGUUACCAACCAGAAUGCAGAUCCUGGAAUGUCAUCUAUUGGGACUUUGGCAACUGUAAGCACUUCUCUUAAAGAUGCUGGUCCCGGUCCAAAAAGCCCCCGGAAACGCUCUGCAUCCGUUCUGGAAACGCACACCAUCCCAGUUAAAAGGGUUUUCAUUUCCCAGCAACCUUUUGAUGUUAACACUAAUCCCAGGCCUGGUCUUGUAAUAGCAGCCAAGAAGAUUCAAAGACCGGGAACCCCAGCGAGACCAGAGAGCGCUCCAUGCAAAGUUACACUGAAACAGACAAACUCCCUUCCAACUCAAAUCCUGGCUCUUUCCGAUACUCCCAUCGGAACUUUGAACGCCUCUCCGACUGUUAAUCCUCAGAGCUCUUUACAAAACGAGAAUGAAGUAGCUGAUAUAAUCCCUAGUGAAACGGUCACAGCUACAGAUCACUCCUUACUCCAGCAGAUCACAGCUCAACAACAGAUCACCAAUGCGGUUUCUCAGCAGGCCUCUGUUGUUAGUGAGCUUAAGAGCUCAUUGCAAAACUACUCACAACAAAUACAAGCAGAACAUAAACAGAUUGCAGCUAAUCCAUUACCGUUGAUGGCUCAGGCCCCCGAGGGCUCCAGUCAGCUCGCACUUCAGCAGGACAUUGUUGAUUUUGCAGGGGCUCAGACCAGUAUGGACUAUUUCCCAUUCAACGAUGAUGAUAUGACCCAGGACAGUAUUGUUGAAGAGCUCGUACAAAUGGAAGAACAAAUGAAGCUGAAUAGCAGUUUGCAAUCAUACUUGAGUUGCGUUGACAUAUCUCUACAAGGUCAAGCAACAGUUGGCCAAGGAACAAUCCUGUCCCCUCAUCAGACCAGUACACAGUUCUAUCACUCUUCUCAUAGUAGCGCCACACCGAUCCACACACCAACACCGACUCCUACACCAACACCGACGCCUACUCCAACUCCUACCUCUGAGAUGCUACCAGGGGGACAUGGCUUGACCAGAGAAAGCCCUUGUUCUCGAAUGGCACCUGUUACUCCAGUGGAUAGCAUCUUAGGCGGAAGGCAUACACCCAUCAGCACUCCUCUGUCAAACUGCAGUAGCAGUGUCCCUCCGAGCCCCGUUGAAUGUCGCAACCCCUUCGCUUUUACCCCUAUUAACUCCAGUAUAACUAGUUAUCACGAUGGUAGCGUUGUGUCUAGUAGUCCAGUGAAACCCAUGCAGAGGCCUAUGGCCACUCACCCAGAUAAAGCAAAACUAGAGUGGAUCAACAACAGGUAUAACAGCACUGCAGGGUCUCCUGUUAUCUCUAACACCACCACCAUUGGUAUUCUGCCUAGUUACCAGGAUCUAGUUGAAGAUCACUUCCGCAAACCACAUGCCUUUGCCAUCCCAGGCCAAUCCCUCCAGUCUCAGUCAAGACAUCAAGAUGGGAAUUUGGGAAGAUUGACAACUGUGUCUCCAGUGCAGCAAACUGGACAGCAAACUGCCCCUAGUAGCAAGCAAGAAAGUUUUGCCGUCCCAGCUCCAUUAGACAACAAAGGGACAGGAAACACAUCUAUCUCAGGGGGUGGGACGUUCAGGUGUCGUAGUGUCAGCCCAGCGGUUCGGCAGCGAAAUCUUAGUGGCACCACUGCACAAACGCUCACCACCCCAAGGUCUGUUGUGUCUCCCUUUAACUGCCCCCUGACAUCCGAGGUCCUGAGCAUUCUCUCCAACAACCAGUCUGUGGUCAGCGCCAGCAGUUUGGCUCAGAGGAGCCAAUCGGUGCCGUUAAAUAUCAUGAUGCAGUCUGAGCUACUUCCUGGCAGUCACCAGGUACAGCAAAACAACAGCACUAAGAUUACCACCGUGCUUCUUAGCAAGAUGGACACAGAUAGAGACGAUACAGUGCGAGGUCUUGGCGUAAAUAAUCUGCCCGCCAACUACACGGCACGGAUGAACUUAACCCAAAUCUUGGAGACGACACAAGGCUUCCCAGCAGGCCCCAACCAUCAGAACCAGCAGUUGCCUCUGGAUUCAAGCCCUUCACCUUUUGACUUCCAGAAGACGGGUUACCUUAUAAGCACGGGGGGAGAAGAGCAGGUGACCUUCUCCGCUGACGACGGCCAAGCACAAUCAGCCUCUGGACUGCAGCAACAAGAAGAGCUUCAACUUCAAGAACCACAGUUGGAGCUACAAGAUCAACAGCUACAGCUUCUGAAUCAACAACUGCAGCUCCAAGAUCAACAGCUCCAACUCCAGGACCAACAGCUGCAGAUGCCAGACCAACAACAGUUACAAGACGAUACAGAAAUCGGCCAACAGCACCUGUUGUCUCAAACCUCGCAGCAAGAUUUUGAUAGGGAGCAACAAGAUCAACUGGACUUUAACUCCACCGUUAAGGACCUCUUGGGGGAGGACGGACUCAACCCUAGUUCACAACUCGUUGGGCAGGUGGCAUCGGAACUCAGUGCCGUCGCCUCCGACUUCUCCAGCGAUAUCCGGUUGAGCUCUGACCUCUCCAGUAGCAUUAAUGACCUGAACACUUUAGACCCCAAUCUGCUGUUCGACCCCAGUCAACCGCAGGACCAAUAUGAAGACGCCACACUGGAAGAACUGAAGAACGAUCCUCUGUUUCAACAGAUUUGCAGUGAUACUGUGAACUCUGCUGGUUUCGAUUGGCUGGAGAACAAAGACCAGUCGACCGUGGAAAUGUUGGGAUAAUGAGAUAAUGCUGUUCCUUUGUUGUUAAUGUUGUUGUCAUUGUUUAUAUUUAUGGUUUCUGUUCAGAGUUUUUGUUUUUGGUAUCGUGAAGUUUUGUGUACAAAAAUGUUAAAUGCGUGUCUGUGCAGCAAAAAUCUGGACGCUUUGGACUGUCCAGUGUGUGAAGUGCCAGCCUGAAGUAAAUCUCUUACAGGCAUGUGCUUUAUCUGAACUUUAUAUCUGAAGUUUUAUUGUAUUACUGUUUAACAGGUCAUUCCAGUCAUUUCUCUUCAUUCAAAAGUCAUUCAUAGUUGACGGUCAAAUAUUUCCAACUUAUAGUAAUAUAUGUUCGAUAUAGCUGGCGCACAAUCUUAUCGCAGGCAUAUACUUGAUUUCAUUGAUUUUUGCUUCCACUAAAGUCAUAGUGGAUAUUGAGACCUGCAUGCAUAAUUUGUUCUUGUAUUUCAACGAAAUGCAAUAUUCCAAGUGACAAAUCAUUGACUUUGGGAAAAGUUCCUUUCUGUACAAAACGGUCGUCUAAAUAUGUUGAAUUGUGGCUGUGGGACCCAAGGGCAGACGAGCAGCAAAUUGUGACUUUUUUACAUAUCGUCAAUCGUCAGUUCAAUGAACUGCAAUGAUUUGAGGUGCUAUUUGGUGCUGACGUCAAGAAUCUCAUCCGUAAACCAUUAUUUGUUUUUGUUUUGAAAAAUAAUUGACUCAUUUUUGCAAAAAGGAUUUUUAAGGCCAUAAUACUUGUACUGUUAAAACAAAACUGUUGAGGAGGAAUGAGAUUUUUGCUAUAUCUGUUUUUGCUGUUGUUUCGAACAAAAAAAAAAAUGGGAAAAGAAUCGUCUGCCUUAUUUUUACAGUCCACAGCCCUUUUAUUCCACCUGGCGUUUGAAAUUCGAGAGGAACGUUCUUGUAAUGCACUUGAUGUCUUCGGUUAAGAGUUCGCGGUGAUCAUCUCUGCAGAGGGUUGCUAGCCAAUUAUAGGUCUGUCCAUCGAUGAUCGCUAGUUUCUUAUGGUAUGGUGAUGGCUAGGUAUUCAUUUUAAGGAUGUGACUAACUUGAGAUCAACAGGCAAACCUGUCUAGUUUCUCCAGCCUUAACUUUCUCCAUACCAAAGAGAAGCUGUUGAAGA